ACUACACAGAGAGGAUGCGGAGGGAUUGCUGGAGCGGGAUGGGGACUUCCUGAUCCGAGACUCGCGCACCUGUUCCCGUGACUACGUGCUUACCUGCCGCUGGAGGGACGAGCCCAUGCACUUCAAGAUCAUCCGCAUUGUGCUGCGCCCCAAGAAGGGCUACUCUCGUGAGCUUUUCCAGUUCGAGGACGAUCAGUUCGACAACAUCCCGGCGCUGGUCCGAUUCCACGUGGGCGGCCGCAAGCCCAUCUCCCACACCUCCGGUGUCGUUAUCUUUCACCCAAUCACACGUACGCUGCCCUUACGUGUCAUCAGCGAGCGCCAGGCGGCAAAGUCGUCGCGUGACCACAGCAAGAGGCGGAGCCUAAGCUCCACGCACAUGGACAUGCUGCAGGUCAACAACAACCUGCUCAGGAGCGGGAGUCAGCCAGCAAACCUGGAGAACGUGGGCAGGCCCUCUUUACAGUCAGCGCAGUCUGACAGCAACCUGCGCACAGGUGUUCCAGCCAUCAACCGGUCUUCCACCUGUGGCCCCGCCCCCAUCUCCCCCGUGUUCCGCACGGGUAGCGAGCCCCUCCUCAGCCCGCGCUCCACACGCCCCCAGCGCGCCAGCCAAUCAGGCUCCCCGUCCUCCUCCUCCACCUCCCCUUCCUGCGGAGGCUCCACCCUCCGCGGCUCCGACGGCCAGCUGUAUUCCCGGGCGCCGCCCAAACCCUUACGGGUCUCCGCUCUCUUCCCCGGCUUCCCGCCUCUGCCCUCUCCCUCGUCGCCGCGGUCGCGACCCGACCCCUCGUGCUUCUACGACGAGCUGGUGCCGCACAUCCCGCCCUCCAUGCUGCCGGCGCGCGGCCACGCCGCCCGUCUCCGCGCCGAGGAGAAGUGGCAGAGCCGCGCCCGGCUCACCGAGACCAGCUUCGGCUUCCUGGAGUCGCCGCCGCUCUCGCCGCGAACGGACGGACAGGAAGUGGAGGAGGAGGACGGGGUGGGGACGGCGGCGGCGUUUGUGAGGCCGCAGGAGGAGACGGAGUCCAGCUUCAGGCUGGAGGAGUUCCGCUCGCUGCUGCUGCCCGAGGGGAACAAGCCUCUGGAGCAGGCCGUGCUCGUCAAGCUCAAGGAGCUGUUCUCAUGCAUGCCUGUGCGCAACACCGCACUGCACAUGCUCAGUGUGGACUGCCAGGUGGCUCGUAUCACCGGGGUAACGCCGGAGCAGAGGAGGAUGAUGGGAGUAGACUCAGGUCUGGAACUCAUCACACUACCACACGGGAGCCAGCUCAGACAAGACUUGCUGGAGAGGCAUCACCUGAUCUCGCUGGGCAUCGCCGUGGACCUGCUGGGCUGCACGGGGACGGUGGGGCAGCGGUCGACCGUCCUGCACAAGAUCAUCCAGCUGGGCGAGGAGCUGAGGAGCAACGCCAACGACCUCUACGCUUUCUCCGCCGUCAUGGCCGCCCUGGAGAUGCCACAGAUCACGCGAUUGGAGAUGACAUGGAGAUCCUUAAGGAGGAAUCACACAGAGAGUGCUGUGCUGUUUGAGAAGACACACAAACCUUUCAUGAAGUCGCUCAACGAGGGCGAUGACUCGGUGGUCUCUGGUCCUGUGGCCGUGCCUCACAUAGUUCCGCUGCUGCGUCUGAUGGAGGGGGAGGAGUUUGAGGAGCACACUGACCCAGAGAGAGGCUGCCUCCUGCUCUACAGCACCCUACAGGCGGCCCGCACAGCAGCCCUGCAGGCAGCAGAGUACCAGCAGCACGCACACAGCCUGCUCUCAGCCGGCUGGGAGCCAAUCCCAGAGCUCCGGGAGGCGUUCCGAACGGAGUUUGCUCUGCGUUUGUUCUGGGGUCAGUCCGGAGCCGAGGCGGACCGCCAGGAACGCUACGAGAAGUUCGACAAGAUCCUCACCGUUCUCUCCAGCAAGCUGGAACCACUCGAGGUCCCCACUGACACCCUGUGAACUUUAGCCCCUGACCUUACACUGUGACCUUGACCUUCAUACUUCUCGGCUGGUGUGGCCCCAGCUUGAUCAUUUUGGAUCGUGUGGAUCUUUCUGGAUCUUUCUGGAUCUUUCUUUGGACUGUUGCUGUUGCCACAAAGCCAUUCAAACUGAUUUGGGUUCAGCAAUACCAGGCCACACCUUGCCAUACGAGCCGAAGCCAGAGCAGCAUCUCUGCGCUGGAAUCAGUGGCCGCAGGGCAUAAACUAUUCCUACAGUCUGGGCAGCAGUGAUACCAGAGCUAAAUGGCUUCUUGUCCUUCACACUGUACCCUUAACGAACAUGUGUGCUCAUCGCCUUUUGUCAAAUAACGUAAGAGAGAAUGAUGAUGUAUGUAUCUUUUCCAUCUCUCGAUGGCCAUCCCAUUGUUUAUAGAUCAGUGCUCUGGACGAAACAAGGGGAGGGGAGAUGAAUGAGCCCUGUGUUGAGGAGAUCAGGAAUCAGA